AUGUCGUCGACGUUCGUCGUCGUCGUCUUGUCGGCAUUCAUAUUUUCGAUUGUCGAUGCACAAAUGAGCGUCUCGACAUGCGGGACGAUGAAAGGCUGCCUGUUUGCACCGCCGGGAUGUCAGCCCUCAACGGAUUGUCAAAUUGCCUUCAGUUACCAGGUCGAUGGCCCGUAUCUGAGCAUGGAAUUGUCCGGCACGCCUCCGACACCUGAUGGAUUUAUUGCCGUCGGAUUCUCAAAUGAUCCCUUUAUGGGCGACGAUAUGGUGGUGUACUGCGCUAACUCUGCCGGUCAAGUAACAGCCGGUCUUGCAAAUAGGCAAUGGGGAUCCGUUCAUGCCAUGUUGGGACUGGUCGCAUGUGUGGUUGCAUGGGCGCAGCCUCUUAAUGCUGUGUUCAGAUGUCAUCCGGAAGAGAAAGGGAGGUUUAUCUUCAAUUGGAUUCACGGUUUCCUGGGUUUUGGAGCAUGGCUGUGUGCAGCCUCGGCGACAAUGAUUUCAGUCGUGCACUUCGCAGGAAUGUUUAGUAAUCGUGAUGCCGCUCUUGGUAUCUACAUUGCGUUCAUUGUCGUAACUGGUCUUACCGUUAUCACCAUGGAGAUACUGACGUUUAAAAGUUGGUGGAUGAAUCGAGACUGCGUCACUAGCGAGAUCGAAAUGACACAUGUUGGUGGAAACGACUCUAUCGUUAAUCGGAAUGAGAUCAUGAAGAUACGAGCCGUGCAACUGCUUCUUCUGAUGAUUUUCGUCGUAGUCGCCAUAGGUACAGCUGUAGCGAUCUCAGUUCUCAUUGCCAACAGACCAAAAAUUUUUUAA